UACCUCGGUGUGACCAGCAUAACUUUCAUUGCUGAAAUCGUAAUCCUAAAACCUCCACCCAGUCGCUUGAAGAUUCCUAGCAGUACCGUUUUAUCUGUGGUGGUACAGUGAACCGUCUUUAAACUGAUCAGAAUUUUUCAUAAGUGUUCAAUAAUCGUGUAUAUAUUUCAUCAAAUAUGUGGAACAGGAAAUAUGGUACUUAAUGAUCCAGCACCGACCUGCAGAAAACAUGAAAACCGAAGAUAUUGUGUUUAUUGGUGAUUUUAACGUCAGAUGAAGACAGGUACUGCCGUAUUUUCCAGGAUAUAAGGUUGGAUGAGUUUCUAUACGCACAAGCCUCUAUAAAAGUGGAUAUUUUAGUGAACUUCCUAUCGUGGUCAGUUUAAAUAAGAUCAGUGACAUUAAAGUUCAUGUAGCUAUAAAUAAACUUAUUGAACAAAUUUGUAAAUAUUUCUUAGUGAUUUCAGUGUUAAAUUAGAGUAGGAAUUUAAUUGACUGGCAUAAGAAAACAACGACCUAAUCUGUAGGUUAUUAAAACAAAAUUUUUCGAAAUUGUGACAGAACUAUGCCAUAAAAUGAAUUAUUUCAAAAGGGGAAUGGUAUUUAUCACGUUUUUCGUGGCUUGUAUCUCCAUGGCUCUGUUAGUGGCGAGUUUAGGGACAAAACACUGGGUAAGUGCUAGGGCCAAAAGGAUCAAGAAUCCGCUAGAAAGUGACGGUAAGAUCAACUUCGGGUUGUUCGAUGGAAAAAAGGAAUUGAAUGUGGCUUAUGGAUGGAGGACAUACGAUAUCGAUGUUAUUGAGCUAUUAAAGUACGAACCAGAAUUUUUAUCAUACGGCUUUUGGCUUGGAACAACUGUAGCAGUUUGUGCCGGCUUAUUUUUCUCAGGACUCAGUGCUCUUUUCGCAGCCAUUAACACAGCCACCACAACUUACAGAUGCUUAACCAAAGUGACGGGAUUGUAUUUUUGGAACUUCCUUGCAGUUGUCAGCGACGUGAUAGCUAUUUGUCUGUGGACGGCGCAGUUCUUUUUGAAUGUACAGUAUAGCGUACUUUCCAGAGAAGACAGGGACAAUGAAUGGACCUCAGAAAAUAUGGCAGAACUCGGAUAUUCCUUCUGGUUCGUCGUCGGAGCAGCUGUUGUAUCCUUUACAAAUAUCAUUCUAAUCCUGAUCGCAAAUACAGAGAGAGAAGUGGAGACAGUCAUACCAGUUUUAGAGGAAAAAGCCAACGGAGCCAUUAUGUUGUAUUAGUAUGUAGUGUAUAAGCUAUUGUAAAUAUUGUCAAAUUGUUCUUAUAUAAAUAUUAGUUUUGUAUGGAGUUUUAGUAUAUUCCACCUUAAAUUAUUUAUAAAUAAAAGUCUUCGCAUUGAA